AUGCGUGCUGUCGCUGGCGAUGAAUCUCAACAACCACUGAUAGCCGACGAGAGCGGCGACGACGCCACCGCACUCCCUGAGGUCACCCGAAAGCAAGCAAAUCGUUUGAUCUGGCUGUUGACUCUCAGUGCAGGUCUGAGCGGAUUGUUGUUCGGUUAUGAUUCCACACUUGUCUCGAUCCAUGAGGAUCUUGGACGUCCUUUAUCCACAUUCGAUCUGUCUGCUAUCACAAGCAGUACUUCUUUGCUGGCGUUACUCGCAUCGCCUUUGGCAGGACACUUUGCGGAUGUUGUCGGUCGUCGGCCCGUCAUUGCAGCUGCUUGUGGACUGUUCAUCUUUGGCGCCUUGUUCCAGUCUGCUGCGACCAAUGUGUGGACUAUGGUAAUCGGGCGAUCUGUUGUUGGCGCUGCUGUAGGUGCAGCUAGUGCCGUGGUACCGUUGUAUAUCGCAGAAAUCGCGCCAGCAGAUCGAAGGGGACAACUCGUAUCUGUACAGAGUCUGUUCAUCACAGGAGGCCAGGUCGUAGCUUACCUUGCUGGCUGGGCAGUCAUGGGACGCUGGCGCUGGUCUGUUGGCUUUGGAAGUGUUCCCGCUCUGAUACAGGCUGCGCUGCUCGUUGGUAUGCCCGAGUCUCCCCGCUGGUUGGUCUUAAAAGGCAGAGACGACGAAGCCGCUGCAGUCUUUACCAGACUCGGCCAUGAUGACUGCGACCACAUUGUUUCUCAGGUCAAGCACGAGGUUCAAGAAGAACAACUCAGUGCCGGUGGAAGCAUGUUCAAGGAACUCAUCACCGUACCAGCCAAUCGACGUGCCUUGACCAUUGCUGCAGGACUUCAAGCUCUGCAACAACUUUCUGGCUUCAACUCUUUGAUGUACUUCUCGGCUACCAUAUUCUCUUUGGUUGGAUUUACUUCACCCAUUGGAACUUCGCUGUCGAUCUCGGUCUCUAAUUUUGUGUUUACCCUUCUGGCAUUUGCGAUUAUUGAUACAGUGGGACGCCGUCGCAUUCUGCUCUACUCGAUUCCAUUCAUGAUCCUUGGACUCGCUAGCUGCGCUCUCGCGUUCUUACAUAUUGACGCUUCGCCCUCAGACUCAAUGUCACCAUCUUCAGAUGCAUCAGCCGAAACCUCAAGUCCUUGGUCGCUAGUCCUCCUUUUCUCCCUCAUUUUCUACGUUGCUGCGUAUGCAAGCGGUUUAGGCUGUGUGCCCUGGCAACAAAGCGAAUUGUUCAGUCUCUCUGUAAGAAGCAUGGGAUCAGGCCUGGCGACUGCAACAAACUGGACCAGCAAUUUCAUCGUUGGAGCUACUUUCUUGCCUAUGAUGCAUGCUUUGGGACCUAGUGUUACUUUCCUUGUGUAUGUGUUUAUAUGCUUGGUUGGAUAUAUCUGGGUUUGGAGAUGUUAUCCAGAGACCAAAUCGCUGGAACUCGAACAAGUCAAGAAGUUGUUGGAGAAUGGAUGGGGUGUCAGGGCAAGUGAACGUCCAAGCGAUUUAAAUGGAUAG